AUGACGCCGCCGGCCAAAGAAGAGGAAGAGGAUCCCUCCAAGACACCGAUUGCUACAGCGGCGCGCCGCCAUUCCACACCCGCCAAACCAACAACCACGGCAAAGACACCAAAGAGCGCACCCGCUACCUCGAACAAUGCAUCGCCACAGAAGAAAAAGCCGGAGCCCUCGCUGCUCACGGACUUCUUCCUGGGCCGCCCCUCACCAGCCCGCCUCGCCGCAAUGAAACAGCGCCGGAAGAGUAUGGCAGCCGACGCUGCGCAUGUACGGGAAGAGUUGCGUCAGGAGAUGCGGGCCGCUGCUGUCCGGAGACUUCAACAACCCAAUGGCGUAACAGACAGAGUGAAGGCCUGGCAGAAGAAGAACGCGGCCGCUAUGAAGGAAGCAGGUGGACCGCCACGAGCCGAGAGCGUUGCGAGCGAACCGACCGAAUUUGCUGCCAACCUCCCCCCUGAGAGCGUGACCGAAGAGGACCGAGAACGGAUCAAGUGGCGGAAAAAGGCCAAGAAAAAGAAACCAAAAGACGACAAGAUUGAGGUGAUCGAAGACGACGACGACGACAACGACGACGAUGAUGAUGGCGAUGGCGAGGAGACAGAAAAGGAGCAGCAGCCAUCCGGGACCAAGGCUGGUCCAUCGGCAUCCAAACCGAUCCCGGCCAAGGACGCGCCCAAAAAGCGGAUUAUUAGUGACGACCACUGGAUGAAGCGUAGGCAGGGCAGGAGUCCGCCACGGACAGGUGCUCCGACGACCAAAGCCGAAGGGAGCCCCACGCCAAUUCCAAAGGAUUUCCUCCAAAAGACGGCAAAGAACCCAACAAUUCAAAGCAAAAUAAAGGACUGGGCGGCGAGGGUAGAGCCACCAGAUCCCGGACAGGCUCCACCGCCAAUUCCUCGAGUGAAGCACUACCGCCAUAAAUCCGGGGCGACUAUAGCAGUAGAAGAGGAUAUUGCCAGCAUGGCCGCUUCAGAGCCAUCAUUCCGACCCAAAUCCAUGUCCUCAUUCGACGACGGCAUUCGAGUCAAGCCUUUGAACAUAAAAAAGCAAACCAACGAAACCGACGACGGGAUUCGUGUCUAUCCACUUCGGAAAAAAAGGGACUCUGCCGAUGAAGCGUCUCAACCGAAAAAGAAGGAGCCCGACGAUGACGGGAUACGUGUACGCCCAAAAAAAAGCGACAAUGAGGAGGGUGUACGAGUGAAGCCAGCUGAAACCAAAAGCGAGUCAUCUGCGCGUAGUAAAAAGAAGGAACCUGCGGACGACGGGAUCCGUGUAACGCCUUCUGAGGGCAAGGAAGAUGAGCCAAAGCGCACCAAGAAGAAGGAUCUCGAUGAUGAUGGGAUCCGUGUGAGGCCGGUCACAGAUGAUGAGAUGAAGCAUCCCAAAAAGAAGGAACCCCCUAGCGUGGGAAUGCGUCUGAAGCCGGCUGAUAGCUUGAAACUGAAGCGCAAAAAGAAGAAGGUACCUGAAGACGACGGCAUACGGGUGCGGCCGGUGGAGAGCAACGAUGAUGGCAUCCGUGUAAAGCCCGUUGUCAGAGAUUCAUCGCACCCAGACGACGGCAUCCGUGUUCCGCCGAGCGAAGCAUCGUCCUCUGAGGCACCCACCCGUCGAAGCAGACCUUACUCUAGUUCUGCUGAAAAGUUAAAGAGAGCGCAAAGCAAGCGAAGAGAGGAAGCUCCUGAGGAUGUCAUUGAGGUUAUCGAAGAGGCUGAAACUGAGCUAUCUGUCGAGCCGCCCCUGAAGAGGAAGAAUUCCCUCCGAAACUCUAGGCGUAGAAAAAGCCAGAGUCCCCCAGCCGGCACCAAGGCUCGGUCUCGAAAUGGACGAGACUCGCCGGAAGUGGUGCCCAUUCCCACCUGGCCAACGGCAGAAUCCGAUGAGGAGUCAGACAGGGUGCCCCCGACAGUCCUUGGCAACAAGUCUUUGGCUGAGAUUCCGUUCGGGUACUCGGCAUUCAGCGUGCUCGAUUUGCCAUCGAGUGGCAAUCCUGAUAGGAGCAUUCCCAAGAAGCCAAAGGCUCAGCGCAACCCCAGUUUCAAGGCGGUGCCAAAGGUGUUCAAGAAGGUUGUUGAAGGAGCCAAAGAGAUCAUCCAAGAGAGCCUCGAGCCACCACGGCCACCGCCGGCCGCUAACAAACCGGCCAGCAUAGAGUCCUGGCUGAACAACACGGUUGAUCCUUUUGUCCAGGCUUCGCCAACAACAGAAACAGCAACGGUCGCGGAUACACAAAUCAGCAGCGAACCGCCCAUAAGGGAAUCGCGUGAGACACUGGAACCACCGGUAAAGCCCGAAAGUCGACCAGCUGCCGAGAAGCGGCCAAAGGAAGAAGAAAAGAAGGCGAAGGAAAAAGAGGCAGCAGCACCGGCCCCUACACCAUCUUCGAAAAGACCAAAGACCCCAAAGUCAGACAGUAGCAAGGGCAAGGCAAGCUCGCAGGGCGAAGACAGCGAUGCGACAGCGAAAAAGACGAAAUCACCGGUCAACCAGGAGGGUCUGAAGAGGAGGCGGGCCACCAGAGGAGCUCCAGUUCCUGCGAAAUCUGGAGGGAAGAAGCCUCUUAGAGAAAUCCUCAAAGAUGCCUUCCGCGGUGAAUCGGGCGGUUACAAGCUUCCCCCUGCAGUUUAUCCCAGCUGUGAGGCUUCCGAGUACGACGAUGAGUACUCUGAGUACACGGAAUCAGAAGUCAGCACAGAGCGCCCUGGGUCUUCCCACAAGAGGCCUAUCUCGGACUACUCGUCAUAUUACUCGUCCAACUACGACUCACUCUUGUCUUCGGACGUGUCUGCUCAGGAGCCACCACGCAGAAGACCCCCUCCCGUCAAUGGCGGCGGGCAUGAAUUGUCAACUAUCAUUUCCGAAGAGGCUAGUACCGUGAGCGCGACGGAUACCAUGUCCGAGAUCUCUCACACCACCGUCACGCAACCCACAGCAACACCACUCACAGAAAGAACUGAGCUCUCUCGUCACCGAAGUCACAGGGGAAGCCGGAAGGGCGGGAGCUUGAAACGCCGCCUCACCAAACAUUCGGACAUGAUAUCAGUAUUAUCACUGCCUGACACGGGCGAAAUCGUCCCGCCUAGUCGAUCAAGAAGCGUAAAGUCCUCCCGCAGCCUCCACCGCAGGCCAAGCAGGGUGGACAGGGGCAGGAUUGACGAGCUCCUAGACGAGUUUGCCGACGAUGAGUACUUUUACCAGCGCGAGCUGAAGACCUUGGUGGACGGUGUGAUUCCGGUGCUGUUGACACACGUCCUUCGCGGUGACAGCCUCUUUGGCCGUUCCGAGGCUGGCAGGAACAAGGCUGAUGCCAUGGCCAAGUCUGUGGUCAACAUGGGUGUGGUGCUGGAGAAACUCAAGAGCUCCCAUAAGCAGGUGCCGCUCGAGAACAUUUAUCACCUCCUGACGUGGAUGGAGGAUGUAUCGCCGCUUUAUGACAGUUAUGUUGACGUUUGGCGGCUUGGGUUUCAGGGUCUUAUUAUCAACCUUGCGCCCAAAUUGAAGGGCAUGAAUGAUAAUGAUUCGCUCUUGAACGCGCUGCCCAUUAAUGAGGAUGGUGAUAUUAUUGGGGAGAAUGGGGAGAGGGUGGAUGUGGCGUUUUUGUUGAAGAGGCCCCUGAUUCGGCUCAAGUGGAUGACGAAAUUCCUUAGGGCUGCUGUGCUUGUCGUUAAUACUUCUGACACGGAGCAUCUGCUCUCGGUAUUCGAGUCCCUCCAGGAAAAGGCUCGCAAGCGGCACCGAGAGGAGAAUGCUCGUAUCACGGACGAGGAUGCAAGAAAUACGGACACCACUCGUGCUCGAGACCUGCGCACUCUGAUGCCUCUUGAUGGGGUGGGCAUUGAGCAGACGCGCCAGGUCGCUGCGCUGGAUGUGUUCGCGCUCGAUCUGGACCAUUCUACCGGGCAACGACUCGAGUGUCAAGUUGAGAUGAUUCACCGAGAUAAGCCCGAUGUUCCUGCCGAUAAAGGAGAUGUUUUGAUCAGGGAGAUUGGCAACGAUUCUAGAUCGUGGCUACUGUUCCCACCUGUGCCCAUGGCGUACAUUUCUGCUCGUCCUAGCGAGACGGACCAGGCUCUGGUGGUCAUGAUUCGUGGAACCCACAAUGGAGUGGAGUGGUAUGAACUAUUGAAGCUAUCCACGAACAGUGAGGAGCAAAUUACUUUUUGGCUGGAUGUUCUGGGAAGCAGCCCCAUGCCGCCACUCACUCGCCGGCGGCCAACAAGUGCUGUCAUGGGCAGCACUUCGCCCAAGCCAGAAGAUAUUCCAGUUGGCGAACGCAAGCUUGGGUCUGAUAGACCUACCACCCCUUCGCGUUACCGCCCACGAAAUGUGGUGGAGUCUCUUCCCACCUCUCCUGCUCAUGAUGAUGCAGAUGUGUCGCCUGGGCGGACACCUACCAGAGCCACAUUUGCGCAGCAUCACCCGCCGGAGGAGAGAGAUGAAGCUCGCUGGGAGGGCCCGUCAUCCUACGACACCCCAAAAACCUCGAGGCCGGCACCCAACACGACCCCCUUUCGCGAGGAUGGCGCCCCUCCUCCGCCUAUCCACCGGACUCUUAGCAAAAAGUCCAACAAGCUUGCUCCCCCGGUUGAUCUCAAGGUCACUCGAGUCAAGCGCCGAGGGUCGUCGCCGCUCAAGCACGAGUAUCACCCGUCCGAUGUGUCGUCUGACAGCUCGACCGAGGUGAGCGAGGAUUCAGAGUCUUCGUCGUCUUCCAGCGAUGAGCUUGAUGAGGAUGAGGUGCCGGACACGAUCCCUGGGUACAGCAUCAAGACCGCGCCGCAGGUCGCUUCCGUCGAGACGGUGGUGUCGGAUGAUAAUAGCAUCACGCCUGAUCAUUCCGCUUCGCAGGUCGGGGUUUCGAGCCAGGCGGCCGAGAAGCAAGAGGGGGAGGAGGGGCAGAAAUUUGUGGCUUCUGUCUCGUAUUGGUCUUCCAAAAAGGGGAUGUGGAAGGAUAUUGUCAGCGGUGGCAUGACGUCUAUUGUUGUGCGUCCUGGUGUUAUGGAGGUUCACCGGCUGAGCAAGGAGCAAUCCAAGGCUUAUCCUCUGCAGUCGUCGGGUACUUCAGAGGUGGACAUUUCCCACCAGGACGCUGGGAGCAGCGCCCCGCUUAUCGCGCUGAUUCUUACGCCGGUGGUUAUGAUCCGCCGCAGCACGGCGCUGGAUCUGGAAGUCAGGAGUGUGGCUUCGCCCGAGUCGAGGCUCAAGACUGACAGCACGAUGUAUCGGUUCCGCGCUGGGACGCAGACGGAAGCGCACAGUUUGUAUGAGGCGGUUCACUUGAGCAGGUUGAAUAAUGCUAGGUACAUUCAGCUUGCCGAAGAGGCAAGAGUCAGAUCGUUCGGCACGGCGACGGGGGUUCCCGGGGAGGGGAGUGCGGAUGGGGACGGGAGCAGCAGGAGACGGAGCUGGUUCGGGAGGAAGAAUUCUUACCGGGCGAGCACGCGGGCGCCGAGCGUGUCGCAGCAUAGCAUGUCGAGCACCAUCUCGGCGGGGAGCUUUUUGAGGAGGCUGCUGGGAGGGGGGAACAAUACCUUUAAUAUUGAGGAGUCGACGUUGGAUAAGCCGCCUAGGAUGAGCACGGGCACUGUCGGGUACUCGUCUGGUGCUUCUUCCGGGGAGGGGGCGAGCACGCCGCCCAGGAGCGUCAACAUGUCGUUGUCGGGGUCUGCCUCCCGGGCGUGGUCGACGGGGUUGGCGAAGCCUUUCAGUCCUGAUCAGCCGUUGGAGAUUCGCUGCCAUCUUAAUGUGCAGAAUAAUCGGUGGUUGGACAAGGGGGAUUGCAUCCUGCACAUCUCGCGCCCGCCUCCGGGAGUCAGGCAGGAGCUUUCGCUUUAUCAUGGGUUGGAGAAGAGGAUCAUUGUUACGCAUGCGAGCAAGAAGGUGGGGGAUAAGCCGUUGAUACUGCUGGAUGCGGUGCUGGGGAGCAAGUGCUUUAGUCUUUUGGGGAGCAAGGGGGUGAUGUGCUCUGUGUGGGAGGACUUGAGGGAUGAGGAGGGGAAUGUGGGUGUUGCACCGAGGAUGGGGGGUUUGAGCGGACGGGUGACGAAGUGGUGUUUUCAGUGUAGGAAUAGUCAGCAGGCGGAUUGGAUCAUGUGGCUCGUCACGGCGGAGGUGGAGGGGUUGGUUGUUUAGGGGGUGGCGGGCCCUUUUGCCUCUGGGGGUGGUAAAGGGAGUGCGAACAAGGAAAGGGGGAGUGUAGAUGGGGCGAGCUUGGGGAG